AAUAUAUUAAUAGCGGGUAUUAUAAAAAUUAGCUUCAGCCUAGGUAAGGAAAUUAUUAUUAUAAGUAUAGUAAAAAUAAAAAUAUAUUUUAAAACAAUAACUUUUUAUAUUCUACUCGUUAAUACUUUAUUUUUCUUAUAUUUAAAAAAUUUAAAUUAA